AUAAAAGAUGUAUGCUUUGGAGCCCAGAGCGGCUCUUUUAAUGAGGGGUUGCGACGUCUCCCUCCCCACACCCAUAAACCAGCCGGGUUGGACGUCACCGCUAAUUCGUUUCAGCGAUGAUAGGAUAAAGGAGGGACAUUAAGAAAUAAAUUCCCCCUCACGACCCUCGCUGAGCUCACGGCUCAGUCCCUACAUAUUUAUGCCGCGUUUCCAGCCGCUGGGCGAGGAGCUACUUAGCGCCGUGGCUCGUCCGCGGGGCAGCGCAGCGGCGGGCAAGCUCCAGGCCGACGGGCUCGAGAAGCCCCAGACCUAAUCUGCAUCUCACAAGCUGGCGAUGCCCAGAGAAUAGUCCACAAGCUCAUGCAUCACCUCCAGACACAUCCACCAGACGCUUCUCCUCCCAGUCCGCCUGACCCGUUGCCUAGGGACACGUCUCACCGCUUCUUCUGACGUCUGCCUGACAAACCACCGCUUUUUCAGGGAACGGGAAAGGAAGCAGACGCAUGACAUCAUGCCACCGACGGCCAAACAGCAAUGAGUGGGUGACACCGAGUUGACGUCAAGCACAGACAAGACCAAGCCCCAUCGCCCCUGCAGCACCAGCCGCCCAGCUCCUUCUUGGCACAGCCCGAGGCCUGGCGGAGUCGUUUUGGCUCGACACAUUCUGAGGUCUUCAGAGCCUUGGACACCAGACACCAUGGAGAAUCACACGUUCAGCGUUCAGCAAAUCCAGCCCAACGUGAUUUCUGUCCGCCUUUUCAAGCGCAAAGUGGGGGGCCUGGGGUUCCUGGUGAAGGAGCGGGUGAGCAAGCCCCCCGUGAUCAUUUCCGACCUGAUUCGAGGGGGUGCCGCGGAGCAGAGUGGCCUCAUCCAGGCGGGAGACAUCAUCCUCGCGGUCAAUGGGCAGCCUUUGGUGGACCUGGCUUAUGACAGCGCCCUGGAGGUGCUCAGGGGCAUCGCCUCCGAGACCCACGUGGUCCUCAUUCUGAGGGGCCCCGAGGGCUUCACCACGCACCUAGAGACCACCUUUACUGGGGACGGGACCCCCAAGACCAUCCGAGUGACGCAGCCCCUGGGUCCUUCCACCACAGCUGUUGAUCUGUCACACCAGUCGUCGGCGUACAAAGAGCAGCCACUGGCAGUGGACAGGGCCCCAGGUCCAGGUAACGGGCUGCAGUAUGCACACGACAAUGGGCAGGAAGCGGGCUUGCUGUCCCACACCAACGGUCUGGCUCCCAGGCCCCCAAGCCAGUUCCCUGCCAAGAAAAGUGCCGGGGUCACCCUCCAGGGCAGUGGGGAACACAAUGAACUGCUCAAAGAGAUAGAGCCUGUGCUGAACCUUCUCACCAGUGGUGGCAGAGGGAUCAAUGGAGGUGCACCUGCCAAGGUGGAGACAAAAGACGCAGAGGUCCAGGUGGACAGAGAUCUGGACAGCAAGUCGCACAAACCGCUGCCCCUUGGUGUGGAGAAUGACCGAGUCUUCAAUGACCUGUGGGGGAAGGGCAAUGUGCCCGUGGUCCUCAACAACCCGUAUUCAGAGAAGGAGCAGCCCCCCGCCUCGGGAAAACAGUCCCCCACAAAGAAUGGCAGCCCCUCCAAGUGCCCCCGCUUCCUCAAGGUCAAGAACUGGGAGACUGACGUGGUUCUCACUGACACUCUCCACCUUAAGAGCACAUUGGAAACGGGAUGCAGCGAGCACAUCUGUAUGGGCUCCAUCAUGCACGUGGCUCAGCAGGUACGAAGGCCCGAAGACGUCCGCACAAGAGAACAGCUCUUCCCUCUUGCCAAAGAGUUUAUUGAUCAGUACUACUCGUCAAUUAAAAGAUUUGGCUCCAAAGCCCACAUGGAGAGGCUGGACGAGGUGAACAAAGAGAUUGAAAUCACCAGCACCUACCAACUCAAAGACACGGAGCUCAUCUACGGGGCCAAGCAUGCCUGGAGGAACGCCUCCCGCUGCGUCGGCAGAAUCCAGUGGUCCAAGCUGCAGGUGUUCGAUGCCCGCGACUGCACCACGGCUCACGGGAUGUUCAACUACAUUUGCAACCACAUCAAGUAUGCCACCAACAAAGGGAAUCUCAGAUCUGCUAUCACCAUAUUUCCGCAGAGGAUCGACAGCAAGCAUGAUUUCCGAGUCUGGAACUCCCAGCUCAUCCGCUAUGCCGGCUACAAGCAGCCUGACGGCUCCAUCCUGGGGGAUCCAGCCAGUGUGGAGCUCACAGAGAUCUGCAUGCAACAGGGUUGGAAACCCCCAAGAGGCCGCUUCGAUGUCCUGCCACUGCUGCUGCAGGCCAACGGCAACGACCCCGAGCUCUUUCAGAUCCCUCCGGAGCUGGUGCUGGAAGUGCCCAUCAGACACCCCAAGUUGGAGUGGUUCAAGGACCUGGGGCUGAAGUGGUAUGGCCUCCCCGCGGUGGCCAACAUGCUUUUGGAGAUUGGUGGCCUGGAGUUCAGCGCCUGUCCCUUCAGCGGCUGGUAUAUGGGCACAGAGAUUGGCGUCCGCGACUACUGUGACAACUCUCGAUACAACAUCCUCGAGGAAGUGGCCAAGAAGAUGAACUUGGACAUGAGGAAGACCUCCUCCUUGUGGAAGGACCAGGCGCUGGUGGAGAUCAACAUUGCAGUUCUCUACAGCUUCCAGAGUGACAAAGUGACCAUCGUCGACCACCACUCCGCCACCGAGUCCUUCAUUAAGCACAUGGAAAAUGAAUACCGCUGUCGCGGGGGCUGCCCAGCUGACUGGGUGUGGAUCGUGCCCCCCAUGUCCGGCAGCAUCACCCCUGUCUUCCACCAGGAGAUGCUCAACUACCGGCUCACCCCCUCCUUCGAGUACCAGCCUGACCCUUGGAACACCCAUGUCUGGAAAGGCACCAAUGGGACCCCCACGAAGAGGCGAGCCAUCGGCUUCAAGAAGCUAGCAGAAGCUGUCAAGUUCUCGGCCAAGCUGAUGGGGCAGGCAAUGGCCAAGAGGGUCAAGGCGACCAUCCUUUAUGCCACAGAGACAGGCAAAUCGCAGGCCUACGCCAAAACCUUGUGUGAGAUCUUCAAACACGCCUUCGAUGCCAAGGUGAUGUCCAUGGAAGAAUAUGACAUCGUGCACCUGGAACACGAAACUCUGGUCCUGGUCGUCACCAGCACCUUCGGCAAUGGAGACCCGCCUGAGAACGGGGAGAAAUUCGGCUGUGCUUUGAUGGAAAUGAGGCACCCCAACUCUGUGCAUGAGGAAAGGAAGAGCUACAAGGUCAGGUUCAAUAGCGUUUCCUCGUAUUCCGAUGCCCGCAAAUCAUCCGGCAAUGGCCCGGACCUCAGAGACAACUUUGAGAGCGCUGGACCCCUGGCAAAUGUGAGGUUCUCAGUGUUCGGCCUUGGCUCACGGGCAUACCCUCACUUCUGCGCCUUCGGACACGCCGUGGACACCCUCCUGGAAGAGCUGGGAGGAGAGAGGAUCCUGAAGAUGAGAGAGGGGGACGAGCUCUGUGGGCAGGAAGAGGCUUUCAGGACCUGGGCCAAGAAGGUCUUCAAGGCAGCCUGUGACGUGUUCUGCGUGGGGGAUGACGUCAACAUUGAGAAGGCGAACAACUCUCUCAUCAGCAAUGAUCGCAGCUGGAAGAGGAACAAGUUCCGCCUCACCUACGUGGCCGAAGCUCCAGAACUUACACAAGGUCUAUCCAAUGUCCACAAAAAGCGGGUCUCGGCCGCUCGUCUCCUCAGCCGUCAAAACCUUCAGAGUCCUAAAUCCAGCCGAUCCACCAUCUUCGUGCGUCUCCACACCAAUGGGAAUCAGGAGCUGCAGUACCAGCCUGGGGACCACCUGGGUGUCUUCCCUGGCAAUCACGAGGACCUCGUGAACGCCUUGAUCGAGCGGCUGGAGGACGCGCCCCCUGUCAACCAGCUGGUGAAGGUGGAGCUGCUGGAGGAGCGGACCACAGCUUUGGGCGUUAUCAGUAACUGGACGGACGAGCUCCGCCUCCCGCCCUGCACCAUCUUCCAGGCCUUCAAGUACUACUUGGACAUCACCACGCCCCCGACGCCACUGCAGCUGCAGCAGUUUGCCUCCCUGGCCACCAGUGAGAAAGAGAAGCAGCGUCUGCUGGUCCUCAGCAAGGGCUUGCAGGAGUACGAGGAAUGGAAAUGGGGCAAGAACCCCACCAUCGUGGAGGUGCUGGAGGAGUUCCGGUCCAUCCAGAUGCCCACCACGCUGCUCCUGACCCAGCUGUCCCUGUUGCAGCCUCGCUACUACUCCAUCAGCUCCUCGCCGGACAUGUACCCCGAUGAGGUGCACCUGACCGUGGCCAUCGUCUCCUACCGCACCCGAGAUGGAGAAGGACCAAUUCACCACGGCGUGUGCUCCUCCUGGCUCAACCGGAUACAGUCUGACGAAGUCGUCCCCUGUUUCGUGAGAGGAGCACCCAGCUUCCGCCUGCCCCGAAAUCCCCAAGUGCCCUGCAUCCUGGUCGGCCCCGGCACUGGCAUUGCCCCUUUUCGAAGCUUCUGGCAGCAACGGCAGUUCGAUAUCCAACACAAAGGAAUGAGCCCUUGCCCCAUGGUCCUGGUCUUUGGGUGCCGGCAAUCCAAGAUGGAUCACAUCUACAGGGAGGAGACCCUACAGGCCAGGGACACAGGCGUCUUCAGAGAACUGUACGCGGCCUACUCCCGCGAGCCAGACAAACCAAAGAAGUACGUGCAGGAUAUCCUGCAAGAGCAGCUGGCGGAAACUGUGUACCGAGCCCUGAAGGAGCAGGGGGGCCACAUUUACGUCUGCGGGGAUGUCACCAUGGCCGCCGACGUCCUCAAAGCCAUCCAGCGCAUCAUGACCCAGCAGGGGAAGCUCUCGGUGGAAGAUGCCGGCGUGUUCAUCAGCCGGCUGAGGGAUGACAACCGCUACCAUGAGGAUAUUUUCGGGGUCACUCUGCGAACGUAUGAAGUGACCAACCGCCUUAGAUCUGAAUCCAUUGCCUUCAUUGAAGAGAGCAAAAAGGACGCGGACGAGGUUUUUAGCUCCUAACUGGAUCCUCUUGCCCAGACGGAUGGCAGGGGAGCUGGCUGCCUCCGGCGGGGGAGGCGGCAGGUUUUGUAAGCAUGGACACUGCUGACCCUUUCCUGCGGGACCCCGCGUGGCCCCCGCUCCGCCUCUCGUCCUGUCGACGCCGUGUCCUGGUUUUCCUCUCCUGGGUCCUCGCCUCUGAGUGUUUCCUUGGCCUUCUUGGGUUUUCUCCUUGAGUUUUCCUGCUGCAAUGCAACGCCUUUAUAAUCCGCCGUGGCUCUUACAAAACUGUCCCCCUACCCUUCCUGACAAAGACAGAUCAGUGGUGCGUGGAAGCACUGGAAUGUGGGCGUCGCUCGUGGCAGGGCUUGUUUUCUGGGGUUCCCCUGAAGAGGCUGCAGGGACCACACAGAAGAGUUUUCUGAGCCAGUCCCUCGGCCGCCGAAAUCUCCCCCUUAUCCCUUUUGAUGAUGACGUUCUGGUUAUGCAUCUGCGUGCGUGUGACAGGCCUGGGUCUCCGUCUGUCCUCGUGUCUGUGCGAGCGUGUUGCCUGCAGACCCCUGGUGACAAGAACCAUGCCCCAACAUUUGUUGGUUCUUCACAUGUCCAUAACUAAGGGUCUGUGGUAGUUAGUGUCCCUAUAACACUGGGAAGCACUCUAAUCGUCCUGGUUAUAAAGGGUCGGGCCUUGGGCGGGCGGGGGGUGGGGGGGAGAUGAUUCAGGGGAA